UAAAUUUUAUACAGAUUUAUCCAGAUAAUUGCUUCGUAUUUUAAAAGCGUAGUGUAAAGAUUACAGGCUUUUUAUCAGUAGCCGCAUAACGGACGCAUGAGGCGGACUCAUAAUAAACGUCUAAAAGUCACAAACAUACUUUAAUCUUCUAAGACAUUUUUAUAUCAGAAUUGUUUAUCAAUAUUACCGAUAUUGGCAUAACCAUUACAUGAACCUUGCUUUACAAAUCAAUAGAUUUUGUGUGUUUAUUGGUACUAAGAGUGUAUCAAGAGUUUUACGCAACACACCGCAAAGUUUUCAAGUUGUUAACAUGGGAUUACUGACUGAAGGAAGCCCACUUACUUGGAAGGAGACUAAAGCCCUUGCGGAACAUGUACGGCAGCAUGGUGUAGAACAAUUUAUAAAUCUCUACAGCAAGUUAAGAGAUCGCACUGGUGAUGUACUUAAAUGGGGAGAUGAGGUAGAAUACAUCAUAGUGAAAUUUGAUGAUGAAAAUCAGAGAGCAACAGUUAGCUUAAGAGCUGCAGAGCUGUUACCACAAUUGCAAGAAAAGGAGCUAACUAAUCCACAAAGUGUAAAGUCCUUAUGGCGUCCGGAGUAUGGAGCCUACAUGAUCGAGGGGACCCCAGGCAAGCCCUACGGAGGCUUACUCGCACAUUUCAACAUCGUAGAGGCUAACAUGCUGUACAGAAGAGCUGAGGCGAGCAGCCUGCUCAAAGACGGCGAAGUUAUUAUGAGUAUAACUAACUUUCCUAGGUUAGGAUGUCCGGGCUUCACGAGUCCGCCGCUGACGGCGACGCCAGACCGCGGCGUCACCAAGUCCCACUUCUUCCCUGACGACGCCAUCUUCCCCGGACACCCUCGCUUCAAAACCCUCACCUCCAAUAUCAGAGAGAGAAGAGGAGAGAAAGUUGCCAUCAAUUUACCAAUAUACCGCGACAAGAACACUCGCAUCCCGGUGGACAACUCGUCGACGCUGGAGCCGGACGCGGCGAAGCCUGACUGCGUGUACAUGGACGCCAUGGGCUUCGGCAUGGGCUGCUGCUGCCUCCAGCUCACCUUCCAGGCCUGCUGCAUCACCGAGGCCCGCACCCUCUACGACCAGCUCGCGCCACUCUGCCCUAUCAUGCUGGCGCUAUCGGCGGCGUCGCCCCUGUACCGCGGCUACGUGACGGACGUGGACUGUCGGUGGAACGUCAUCUCGGCGUCGGUGGACUGCCGCACGCGCGAGGAGCGCGGCCUCCAGCCCCUCGCCAACGACAAGUUCCGCAUACACAAGUCAAGAUACGACUCCAUCGACUCGUACCUCUCGCCGGAGCAUGAGAAAUACAACGACAUAGAGAUAGUGCACGAGCCGGCGAUCUACCGGCGGCUACGCGAGGGCGGCAUCGACCACCCGCUGGCGCUGCACGUGGCCCACCUGUUCAUACGCGACUCCGUCUCGCUCUUCUCCGAGAAGAUACACCAGGACGACGCCAACGAGACUGACCACUUCGAGAACAUCCAGUCGACGAACUGGCAGACGAUGCGUUUCAAGCCGCCGCCGCCGAACUCGUCGAUCGGCUGGCGCGUGGAGUUCCGGCCGUGCGAGGCGCAGCUCACGGACUUCGAGAACGCCGCGUACGUGUGCUUCGUCGUGCUGCUCACGCGCGCCAUACUCUCUUACGGCCUCAACUUCGUCAUGCCCAUCAGUAUGGUGGACGACAACAUGCAACGUGCACAGCGGCGGGGCGCGUGCGUGCGCGAGCGGUUCUGGUGGCGACGCGACGUGCGCGCGCCCGCAGACGCCGCGCACGACUCGCCCGCGCUAUACGCAGAGAUGACUAUCGACGAAAUUGUCAAUGGAAAGGAGGGCAGUUUCCCGGGUCUGGCGCCGCUGGUGGAGUCGUAUCUGUCGGGCAUGGACGUGGACGCGGACACGCACUGCUCGGUGCAGCAGUAUCUCAAGCUGAUCACGCGCCGCGCCGCCGGCGACCUCAACACUAUGGCCACGUGGAUGCGGGACUUUGUCACCUCGCAUCCUGACUACAAACAAGACUCCGUCGUAACGGAGAAAAUAAAUUAUGAUUUACUGAAGACUGCCCACGGGAUCCAGACGGGAAGCAUUCCAGCACCGACGCUACUCGGCAGCGGCACGCGGUCCAAGACUAAUGAAGACAUUCCUAAAGCAUUUACACGGAUGAUGAGUAAGGACUGCCCCUAGCCGACGGCGAUAACGACUCGACGGGUCGCUUGCACGUAACUGGGGUUGGUCACAAGUAGUUUACUGUAGUUUUAUUAAUACUGGUGUAACAAAGGUGCACGCGUGUUGCACGAGUUCGAGUACAGACAGCGAGGCUCUAUGAACUAAGACCUCAUCGACUCAAUCCACAUCCACGUAUUAAUAUUCAAUAUUUAACGGUACAAACAAAGCUCGAGCCGCGCGGAUAAGAUCCGUGCGUUUUGACGCCACACAACUUACUAUAUAGACGUUAUAUUACAACAUUUACACGAAACCAGUGCCUGCUGUGCCUGAAAUAGUUUUUUUCUUAAGUUGUUGUAAUGUUCUGGUAGUACUUUGACACAAACAAUAUUAUUUGUUGACGACAGUCUUUUCUACGUUUACAUCAUUUACAGGAUUUAAACAUGUUACCCUCGUUUCACGUUUUUCUCAAAAUCAUCUUUCGCUAGCCUUUCAAU